CGGAUGUAGCUCUCCCGUGUUGUCUUUCUUCCCCCGCUUUCCUCAUAGGGAGCGAGCGAGCGCACAAGCCCCGCCCACUUCGGGUCUGGCUGCGGCUCGUUCCUGACGAAUUUUGGCCCAGCUUCGGCCCCUGUAGGUCCUGCUUCCGGGCUUUGGGUUUGGCACACCGGAAGUGGCGGAAAGAAGGGGGUAAAGCAGCGGCGCUGAGGGGGGCCAAGAUGGCCGGGCACAGAUUGGUGUUAGUGUUGGGAGACCUUCAUAUCCCGCACCGCUGCAACAGCCUGCCAGCGAAAUUCAAGAAAUUGCUGGUCCCAGGAAAGAUCCAGCACAUCCUCUGCACCGGAAACCUCUGCACAAAGGAGAGCUAUGACUACCUCAAGACCCUUGCUGGUGACGUUCAUGUAGUUAGAGGAGAUUUUGAUGAGAACUUGAAUUAUCCCGAACAAAAAGUUGUAACUGUUGGGCCGUUUAAGAUCGGGCUGAUCCAUGGCCAUCAAGUUAUCCCAUGGGGGGACGUGGCCAGCCUGGCGCUACUGCAGAGGCAGUUUGAUGUGGACAUCCUAAUUUCAGGGCACACACAUAAAUUUGAGGCAUUUGAACAUGAAAAUAAGUUCUAUAUCAACCCUGGAUCAGCAACAGGAGCCUACAGCGCUUUGGAAAACAACAUUAUUCCUUCGUUUGUGCUGAUGGAUAUCCAAGCUUCCACAGUCGUUACUUAUGUUUAUCAGCUGAUUGGCGAUGAUGUGAAAGUAGAAAGAAUCGAGUACAAGAAAUCUUAAGAUGACUCGCUCUGCCUGGCUCUUCUCCGGUCAAUUUUUUCUUUCUUUUCUCAGUAUGCACCCAAAGGUCCACAGUGUUUGCAAUAUUGUUAGCUUAUGAAAUGACUCUUCUUACCUUAUUGUAGACAACUAAAUUUACAGUACUUGACUUCUUACAAAGUCUGCCUUGGCUUGAUCCUUUUCUUUGCCUAAAAUGGUUCUUGCUUGUAAAUACUGUUCAAAGUGCACAGCAAAGUUCUGUCUGUUCACGUGAACUAUUCCCAGUCUUGUAAUAAACACUUGUUUAACUUUAA